GGUGUUAAUAUUAUGUGAACACUCUAAACCUUAUUUGGUGCUGUAGUGCUUAGGGGAAAUAGGUUAUUACAUUUAUAAUACAAAUUGCCAGUAAAGGACAUUUUCUCUGGGUUUGUGCUUCAGGCAUGAACACUGGAAUCUGUGUGUUAGUGCUGCUGGUGGCUCUCUCCAGCAGCAGCUGCUUCUCUCACCCCACACACUUCAUGGAAGAAGGGAAGUUGGAUGGAGGGUCUGUAGAUGCACACACACGCCACACCCUUGCAGUGCCCCCCAGUGGCCAGCUCACAUUAUUGUCUAAAACACAGGAAGAGAAUGUAGAGGAGGACGCUGUGCGCAGGCUGAAUGAACUGCUGGCCAGACUCAUUUCCAGAAAAGAUUCAUACCGCAGAAGCCCAUCCCUCAACAGCAGGUCCAACCACAGAAUAAAGGACAGAGACUACCUGGGCUGGAUGGAUUUUGGCCGUCGGAGUGCUGAGGAGUAUGAAUACUCUUCGUAAUAUCCAAUCACCCAAUCAUCAUUUUGAAGGAACCAACCAACCAACCAACCACAUGUACAGAGAGAUCCAUUUAAAUUUUUCUCCCUGCCAUUCAUGAUAUUGUUGGAGUGCCCUUUCUUCAUCUUAUUUCUGAUGUAAAUUUGUAUAAUGAAGAUGAUGCAAUAUAUGAAUAUGUAUGU